CUCUGCUUUUGACACAAAAACUGGCUUGCGUGUGGCCGUGAAGAAGCUGUCCCGACCAUUUCAGUCCAUCAUCCAUGCCAAAAGGACCUACCGAGAGCUGCGGCUGCUGAAGCACAUGAAACAUGAAAACGUGAUUGGCUUGUUGGAUGUGUUCACCCCUGCCAAGUCACUAGAAGAAUUCAAUGAUGUGUACUUGGUGACACACCUUAUGGGAGCAGAUCUGAACAACAUUGUGAAAUGCCAGAAGCUCACCGAUGACCACGUGCAGUUCCUCAUCUACCAGAUCCUCCGGGGGCUGAAGUACAUCCAUUCAGCUGACAUAAUACACAGGGAUUUAAAACCUAGUAACCUAGCUGUAAAUGAAGACUGUGAGCUGAAGAUCCUGGACUUUGGCUUGGCCCGGCACACGGACGAUGAGAUGACUGGCUACGUGGCUACCCGCUGGUACAGGGCUCCUGAGAUCAUGCUGAACUGGAUGCACUACAACCAGACAGUUGAUAUUUGGUCGGUGGGCUGCAUUAUGGCUGAACUGUUGACUGGAAGAACGUUGUUCCCUGGCACAGACCAUAUUAACCAGCUUCAGCAGAUCAUGCGUCUGACGGGAACACCCCCUGCAUAUCUCAUUAACAGGAUGCCCAGCCACGAGGCAAGAAACUACAUUCAGUCUCUGUCUUACAUGCCGAAAAUGAACUUUGAGAAUGUGUUUAUUGGUGCCAAUCCCCUAGCUGUGGACUUGCUGGAGAAGAUGUUGGUGCUGGACACGGACAAGCGGAUCACUGCAGCGGAGGCGCUGGCUCACGCCUACUUCGCUCAGUACCACGACCCCGACGACGAGCCAGUGGCAGACCCCUACGACCAGUCCUUUGAGAGCAGAGAGCUGGAGAUCGAGGAGUGGAAAAGCCUGACUUACGACGAAGUCAUCAGCUUUGUGCCACCACCGCUCGACCAAGAGGAGAUGGAGUCCUGAGGAACGGCUCUCUUCUGUCCGUCCCACGUCACUGUGAGGGGAAGGCCUUUCCCAGGGACUCUCCAAUUAUCGUUCAAGUGCCUCGUCACAACAAUAUUCUCCUUGGUGGAGGGGUUUUGUGUGUGUUGAAUUGGGGAGGGGGUGGGAGGGAGGAAAGCCGAGUCUGUGUAAACAUGCUGCAUGCUCUCGUGUUCUGUGUACAGCCCGGGGCGAGCCUCUGAAGAGCUGCUCUGACCACUCCCCAGUCCUUCCAGUGCUCCACGCUCGCGCUGCUGGGGCGGGGUGGGCGAGCUGACGUGUAGAGUUGGGUUACAAUCGUUGCCAUUUAUCAAUUCUUCUACAAAUUAAGUAACCUCAAAAUAAUGGAAGUUGUUUUCUAGGCUUAGAGAGUCCUUUACAGAGUCCUGCGCUCUCUUCAGGACUGAAGGUGGGGUGAGGGAUGUCCUUGUUCAGUGCCAGCUGGCUGAU